AUGUCUGUCGGGCGUCCCUUCACGCUCCGGGCGCCCGAGAGUCCCCUGAAGGACAAACAGAGCGAGGCGUGGCGGCAGCGGCGGGAGAAACAGCUGAGGACGGCCCCUAAGGAACGGGGCCUGGGAGAACAGCGCCGACAUUGGCCCCACAAAGCCAGACUCCAAAGCGGGACUGCUGACCACUGCCGUCCACCGCAAACCUGCGCCGCCAUGCCCGCCUUCUUCACGCGCAGGCGCAUCUACAACGGAGGGGCGGUUGGGCGGAGUCAAGGGCCGGAAGUGGCUCUUAGCACUGGCCAUCCCAGAAAACCCGACAACCGGAACAGCCCGGAGGUCCCGCCCCCAGACGGAACACUGGGUUGCUGGGCAACCGCUGGGGGCGCCGGCGCCGGGCUCGCUGCUGAGUGGAGCAAGCCGAGUGUAGCUCCCACCUCCUGCCCUGGCAACCUCCCUUCCCGCCCGCCUCCCUUCUCGCCGCCUCUCCUUGCGUCGCGGAAUCCCUGCCCUUGGCACUACUUGCACCUCUCCGGCUUCCACGACGCUUUAGUGCCCACCUGCUUCGAAGCCAGGCGUCACCGAAAGCGAAGCGGUCCGAACCCGGACGUGGCCUCCAGGUUGACGGACCGCACCUCUCCGGCCAUGGCCACCUACACCUACACCAGCCGGCCCCGGGCCCUGCCCUGCCAGCGCCGCCGUUACCGGGACAACCUGUUGCAGCCAGCUGAAGAACCUGUGCAUCAUGGAAACAUAAUGUAUGACCGAAGGGUGAUCCGAGGCAACACUUACGCUCUGCAGACAGUACCACUGCCUGGACAGCCUGAUCCUGUAGAGAUUCAGAGGAAACAGCAGGCUAAGAGGAGGGCUCUUGCCAAAAAACGAGCCCAAGAACAGCUCAGACCACGAACGCCUGAACCCGUGGAAGGCAGAAAGCACGUGGAUGUGCAAACAGAGUUAUACCUUGAAGAAAUUGCUGACCGCAUAAUAGAAGUUGAUACGGAAUGCCAGACAGAUGCAUUUUUGGACAGACCACCAACACCACUCUUUAUUCCUGCCAAAACUGGCAAAGAUGUGGCCACCCAAAUACUAGAAGGAGAGCUCUUUGACUUUGAUCUUGAAGUUAAACCAAUGUUAGAAGUUUUGGUGGGAAAGACCAUUGAGCAGUCCCUUCUGGAGGUGAUGGAAGAGGAAGAGUUGGCUGACCUGCGGGCCAGCCAGUACGCACACGAGGAGUUACGCAACAUCGAGCUUGCAGAAGUUCAGCGACUCGAAGAGCAAGAGAGACGGCACCGAGAGGAGAAAGAACGUCGUAAGCAACAGCAGUGGCAAACCAUACACAAGCAUAAGGAGACCUCACAGAAGAUCGCCGCCCGAGCCUUCGCGCAGCGCUACCUGGCCGACCUUCUCCCUUCCGUGUUUGACAGUCUCAGGGAUGGCGGCUACUUUUAUGAUCCCAUUGAAAGAGAUAUUGAGAUGGGAUUCUUCCCAUGGCUAAUGAAUGAAGUUGACAAAGCCAUGGAAUACAGCAUGGUGGGAAGAACAGUGCUUGACAUGUUGAUUCAUGAGGUGGUUGAGAAAAGACUGAGUCUGUAUGAGCGUAAGGAGGACAAGCCCUCAUCUCUGAAACCUGAGGACAGGCUUGGUGGUCCUGGAGGAAUGAGAGAUCCGCUGGUGGGUAAUGGAUUCCAGGGUCCUGGUGCAUCACAGUCACAGAGGCCACUCCCAGACAGAGACUUCCCACAAAGAACACCCUACGAUGGAAGGUACAUGGAGAAAGUGUUAUCUAAAGAAAGGAGGCUUAUGGAGGAAGAGGAUGAACAACCAGAAAUAAGGAACGCCUUCGGGAGGGAAGAACUGUCCCAGUAGAGGGGAGCUUCAGAGCCAUGGAGCCAAACAACAGCCAGUCAGCAUUGCAAGCAAUCAGGUAAUGAUGCGUGAGUCCCCUCAGGUUAUGGAAAUUAUGUUGUGUUUAGUCAGCAUGCCUUCUUGUCUGAUGGACUGGGCAAAUCAAUACGUUGAAAUAAUAAAACUAAUUUUUAAAAUGAAA